GAGCAGCAUGCUUGUUUUCCUAUUUACAAAACACGGGAUUGCGCUCCGUAGCCGGUGAAAAAGAACAAAACGUGUGUGUGCAUUCAGCGUCAUCCAAUAGCAAGCAACGUCGGUGUACUGGUCUCUAUUGCUUUGUUCAUAGACAAAUUUACCUUUUACUAUUAUUUUACGAGUACUCCAAACGCUGUUCUUUCGGAGGUACAAUUAUAAAUGGAAUGCUUGUACUCUGAGAUUUUUUGUACGAAAUUGUAGAAAAGUAGUGUGAUAAUUUUCCAUAAAGUUAUUGUUGAAACUGGUCUCUAUAAACAUCUGUGCGGUUGCCUUGAAUGACAAGUGAGCUGUCUACCUGUGUUUUUAUUAGUUGAUGUUUAUCAAGUUAAAUUUGGUGUUUUUUGUUUGGAAAUUUAAAAUAAUCCUUUGUGUUCUUUAAUUCAAAAUGUUCUCAUGCAAUUGUUUAAAUGUAAUUGUCGAAUCGGAAACAAAUGAUUUUCAGCAUGCUAAUUUAGAUCACUUGAACUUAAGUGAGGAAGAAAAACAAGAUCUCUUUUUUAAACAAGAUGUCAGGCAAGUUGACAAGCUAAGAAGAAUUAACAAAGAACAUUCAGGAUUAGUAGCUUCACGAAAUGUCGGUAAUUGGAUCGUACAUCAGUGCUUAAAUUGCGAUGUUCAAACACAUGCCAUCCAUCGAGACAGAGGAGCUGCUUGUGUACUAAUUUCUACGAAAUUAUUGAAUUCAGCACUCAUAACGACAGUACGUAACAGCGAACUUUACUCUAACGUUUUUCACAUACUAAUUUCUCCAGAGAAGGAAAACAAUUUUGAUGAACAUCAUGACAGGUUACCGCCCGAUGUCGAAUUAGCUUUGAGUGGAUUAAAGCAACGUGUAACAGAGUUUAUAAGUAGUGAAGCAACUGCUACCGAAGAUCGAAUACGUGUAUAUACUGAACAACAAUAUGCAGCAUUAGAUAAAUUUCGAGAGAGGGCUCAGAUGGAACAUAAAAUUCUUAGCAGGGUCAUAAUGGAAAAGAGGUAUCAACCGAUGAACCUAUCUGAGAACUUUAUAAUUCCAUCUUCACCAAAUAGCAGAUUAAGCGACACUGUACCUGUAUUGAAUGCCAAUAUAAAUUCACCUAGUGAUAACGCGAAAACUAAAUUAAUUACGAAAAUGAAAACUAACUCUAAUCGUAUCACGGCCAGACAGAUGAGCACACCUGUGGGGUAUGGAAAGUCUAUUGAUUCCGAAGGACUUUUCCAAUUGGAGGAAAUGGAAGAUCCAUAUCCAUAUACUGUGAUAGAAAAUGAUAGUGAUAAUGAUGUGGAUUCUUCCAAAACUGAUGGUGCUCAGAUCCCAAGAAGCAAAAAUCAGCAAUGCAGUAUAGCAAAGUCCCUUCCUGUAACGAUUCCGACUUUUAUGUCACAAAUCCGCAAUCGUAUAGUCGAAGAGGAACACGAUGACGAAUAUGUGUUGCAGGACAAUGAGGAUCAUCCAUCAGACAUUGCAGCAAGUAUAAAAGCACUAGCGAAGAGCGUUCACGGGGAUACCGUAUUUGGGGACCUACCAAGACCAAGAUUUAGUACGCAAAUAUAAGAUUACCCUUCCACAAUGCAAUUUACAAAUUUGCUUAUCCAUGAGGUCCGAAUCAGAACAAGUUUACAUAUGGCAUUACAAAUGAAUGUUUUUAAGUAGAGUUGUAAGGAAUGACGCUUUCUUGUUGGCACACAAUAAUUCGUGGGUCCCUCCGUAUAUGAUUUUGUACCGAUCCGAAGUUUAGAAUGACUUAUGAUAAAUGGCUGAACAAUAUUUUUAUAUCAAAGUUCCUUAAAUUACAAACCUAAUUUGCUCGUCAAUUGUAACAAAUAAAAAUAUUUAAUGUUUAUAAGAUGAAUGUACCACGCCAAGAUAAAACCUUGUGUGCAAGUAGAUUGUUAAGUUUGUUUAUUCCUUGAUAAUUUUUAAAAUCCCUAUAUGUGCCUAAUUAAUAAUGAUUUAGUAAUUUAAGAGGUAUUGAAUUAGUUUUAUAAUUGAAACUGCAGCUUUUUACUUGUUUGCUUCAAAUAUACAGUGUAUUGUACAUUUAGUUAUCACUUUUGAAUAAAAUUUCCUUCUCUAUAUGUUAAUUUACAUUAAUAAGUUUUCUCAGUGUCAAAGUGUAAAUUACUUCUUGUGCACUGUAUAUUUGCUAUGCAAUUACAGAUAUCGUCAGAAGUGUAUUAUUAGUCUGAUUUUUGCAAUUACAGAUAUCGUCAGAAGUG